CGUGUUUCCUUCUCGCACGUGCGGUGUUAUCGAAAACGGGUUUACUUGAAUGUUAGUUUAGUCAAAAGUCGCAUUUAUCGGAUUGUUAGUAAACAGUAGUGAAUUGGCUCAUAUGACUGCCGACCGCCAUGACACGAGUAGAAUCCAUUGUAAUCGUGUGCAUCUUAGAAAUCGCGUCGAUGAUCACUGCACCUUUGGAAGGCGCCAGAAUAUUGGCCAUCGAAACUUUGGCCGGCAAAAGCCACUGGAACGCCAUGAGUCACGUGCUUCAGGUUUUGGUAGACCGCGGCCACAACGUUACCGUUUUCACCCCGUUCGUCGACGGCAAUCGUGAAAACUACACGGAAAUCGAUUUGUCCGAAGUGAUGUUGCCAAUAGUCGAUUUGGAGUAUGAAAUUGUUGAACGGCUAUUGCACAAAGUAUCUACAUACAUUCCGCUAAUCGUAAACGUAACCAGAUACAACUGCUACAUCACCUAUUCGCAUCAGCACAUGCAGGAUAUACUGGCCAAAAGUGGCGAACAAUCGGAAUUCGAUGUUGUCAUCACUGAACCGUUGGCUUCGGAGUGUGUUUCUUACGUGGCGACCAAGCUAAAGUUGCCCUUGAUUUAUGUCGUCCCGUCCACGCAGAUUACCUUCAUUGAAUGGCAGAUAUUCGGAUACAUGUCGAAUCCCUCGGUCACCUCCCAUCUAAUGGCCGAUCACGUAGUGCCCGAGACGUUUGUCCAGAGAUUCAGUAACACCAUUCUUACGGUAUACAGCCUUUUCUUACUCAAACGAACCGAGUACCAGAUGAAAACAAUUUUCCCUCAGCCGUUUGACGAAGCGGAGCCAACAAAAUGUUCAUUAAUAUUUUCCAACACGCAUUACAUCAAUGAUUCGCCAGGGCCGCACUACUCCAACUUGGUUCAAAUCGGCGGUAUCCAUUUAAAACCGCCUAAGCAACUGCCUGAAGAUAUAUUGGAAUUCAUUGAAAACUCACCUUAUGGAAUUAUUUAUGUCACGUUUGGAACGAUGGUGGAUAUGUCGACUUUACCUAAUCACAUAUUAAACAUAUUUAAAGAAGUGCUAUCACAAAUGCCUCAAAAGGUUUUGUGGAAGUACCCGGGUACAAUGGAAAACCAACCAGAAAAUGUGAUGACCAAGUCCUAUUUUCCACAAAGAGAUAUACUUUUACAUCCUAAUAUUAAAUUGUUCAUUAGUCAUGGGGGUAUAUCAGGCGUACACGAAACGGUGGAUGCAGGUGUUCCUGUAUUGGGGUUUCCUUUGUUUUUUGAUCAGUCAAAAAAUCUUGAGGCCUUAGCAAACGCGGGAAUGGCCAUCUCUUUGGAUUUCUUUUCAGUAUCGAAAGAAACAUUUCUAGGUGCCAUUAUUGAACUCGUCAGCAAUGUGAAGUAUACUGAAAACGCUAAAAUCGCUGCACAGCGUUUUAUGGACAGACCAAUGACUCCAGCCCAAUCAGUGGUUUACUGGACUGAAUAUAUUAUUCGCAACAAAGACUUAUCCCAUUUGAAAAAUCAAACCGUUAUUAUGACCUGGUACCAGUACCUGUUACUAGAUGUGAUUGUUAUAUUAGUAUUAGGACUCAUACUUAGUUUAUAUUUACUUUCUAUUUUGUAUAAAGUAGCUCAUUCAGUUGUGAUAGGAACCAAUAUAAUGAUGGUAAUUUCAGAAAACACAGACUUUUCGUAAUUUACACGUGAUCCAAAUAAACGUGUUAUGUAUGCAAAUUUAAUUUUAAAAGGUUAUUAUUCAUUCAUAGUACCUAAUAUUAGAUGGACUUCGGACAUUUAAAUACAUUUUGCUUUCCAAAGGGUAAA